AUGGACAGAAUCAGUUUUUUGCCCGAUGAUUUCCUCUUGCAGAUACUUUCGUUUCUUCCUACAAAAGAUGUCUUCACCACUAGUGUUCUGUCAAAACGAUGGGGAUAUCUUUGGAAACUGGUGUCUAAACUCGAGUACAUCGAUACUGACAAGAAGGCUGAUCACGGAAGAUUUCUGCGGUUUGUGGACAGAUCGUUGCUACUAAACACGGCUCCGGUCUUAGAGACCUUGCGUUUAAAGGUUGAUAGGCAAUGCAGCGACGUAGAUACCGGCGCGCUUGCCGAGGGGUUCAACAGAAUGUGA